AUGUCCGUGUUCCAGGUGAAGAAGGAGAAGAAAAGCAAGAAGAAGGCCACCACCAGCAGUGAUGAGGAGGAUGAUUCCGACUCCAGCACCAAACCCAUUAGGUCAGAGAAGAAGAAAAACCCAGCAUCUCUCUUUCAGACUGGUGGGGACCCUCCGAAAGAGAAAAAAUCCAAAAAGAAAGUUCCUCCCAAAGGGGCUGAGAGUGAGGAGGAGACCCCGGAGACUCUGCAGAAAAACUCCAACAAGAAGGGGAAAGCAAAGAAAUCAAAGAAGAAGGAGGAGAGGCCCCCUUCCCCUGUCAUCGAGGUGGACAACCUGGAGGAGUUUGUGCUGCAGCCGGCACCACAGGGAGUGACCGUCAAGUGCCGGGUGACACGGGACAAGAAGGGCAUGGACCGGGGGCUUUACCCCACCUAUUACCUUCACCUGGACAAUGACAAGAAGGUGUUUCUCCUUGCUGGGAGGAAGCGUAAGAAGAGCAAAACCUCCAACUACCUCAUCUCCAUUGACCCCACUGACCUGUCACGGGGUGGAGAGAACUUCAUCGGGAAGCUGAGAUCCAAUCUGAUGGGGACGAGGUUCACCGUGUUCGACAACGGUGCAAACCCCGACAGGGCCAACGCUGACUGGUCCAACGUGCGGCAGGAGCUCUCGGCCGUGGUCUACGAGACCAAUGUUUUAGGGUUCAAAGGCCCCCGGAAGAUGACUGUCAUCAUCCCUGGGAUGAAUGCGGACUGUGAGAGGGUGCCCAUCCGGCCCCGGAACGAUAACGAUGGCCUCCUGAUGCGAUGGCAGAACAGGAACAUGGACAACGUGAUUGAGCUGCACAACAAAGCCCCUGUGUGGAAUGAUGAGACCCAAUCCUAUGUCCUCAAUUUCCACGGCCGGGUCACCCACGCCUCCGUCAAAAAUUUCCAGAUUGUGCACAGCAGUGACCCCGACUACAUCGUGAUGCAGUUUGGGCGUGUGGCGGAUGAUGCCUUCACCAUGGACUACAACUACCCCCUGUGUGCCGUGCAGGCCUUCGCCAUCGCCCUCUCCAGCUUCGACGGGAAGCUGGCCUGCGAGUAG